GAAGUUCAGUGCGUGCUUUAGAGAAAAAUCUUAAGUGCUGAUAAAUCAGUGUUACCGGGAGCUGCCUACUUCUAAUUUUCAUCAGAUUGUCUUCAACUCAGGCCCUUCCUUCAGUUAAUUAUCUUUUUUGGCCCACAAUUUUGUGCACACGUUCUUUCUGAGAAAGGAAUUGGGAGAUCACCCUGAGCCUCUCACUGCUUGCGUGUGCACUGUAAUCACUUCCUGGAAGCCUCGUGAUGGCUGCGAGGGUGGAGCAGAACUUUAUAGCCUCUUCGACAAGUGCCGUCCUGGCCCACUGCUCAGUCAGACCCAUCUACAGGCAGGACGGACAGGUUUUGUUUCCUUCCAGGAACCUGUAAGGUCCACGAUUUGGUUGAAAGAUGUCGGCCCUCACUACCCUGUUUAAGUAUGUUGAUGAAAAUCAGGAUCGCUACAUUAAGAAACUCGCGGAAUGGGUGGCCAUCCAGAGUGUAUCUGCGUGGCCCGAGAAGAGAGGUGAAAUCAGGCGGAUGCUGGAGGUUGCUGCGGCGGACAUCAAGCAGCUGGGGGGCUCUGUGGAACUGGCAGAUAUUGGGAAACAGAAGCUCCCUGAUGGGUCCGAGAUACCACUUCCUCCCAUUUUACUCGGCAAGCUGGGCUCCGACCCCCGGAAGAAAACCGUGUGUAUUUACGGACAUCUGGACGUGCAGCCGGCAGCCCUCGAGGACGGCUGGGAUAGCGAACCCUUCACCCUGGUGGAACGCGACGGCAAAUUGUAUGGGAGAGGCGCAACCGAUGAUAAGGGGCCGGUGGCCGGCUGGCUGAAUGCCCUGGAAGCCUUCCAGAAAACGAAUCAGGAGAUCCCGGUUAACGUCCGAUUCUGUCUAGAGGGCAUGGAGGAGUCGGGCUCGGAAGGCCUGGAUGAGCUGAUAUUUUCGCGGAAGGACACAUUCUUUAAAGACGUGGACUACGUGUGCAUUUCUGACAACUACUGGCUGGGAAAGAAGAAGCCGUGCAUCACAUACGGUCUCAGGGGCAUUUGCUACUUUUUCAUUGAGGUCGAGUGCAGCGACAGAGACCUGCAUUCUGGCGUGUACGGAGGCUCGGUGCACGAGGCCAUGACAGAUCUCAUCUUGCUGAUGGGCUCUCUGAUGGACAAGAAGGGAAAGAUCCUCAUCCCAGGCAUCAGUGAGGCGGUGGCCCCCGUGACCGAGGAGGAGCUGGCACUCUACGACAAGAUCGACUUUGACCUGGACGAGUACACCAGGGACGUGGGGGCAGAGACUCUGCUGCACGGAUGCAAGAAAGACAUCCUGAUGCACAGAUGGCGGUACCCGUCCCUCUCCCUCCACGGGAUCGAAGGCGCCUUUUCUGGGUCGGGGGCCAAGACUGUGAUCCCUAGGAAAGUGGUGGGCAAGUUCUCCAUCAGGCUCGUGCCGAACAUGACUCCUGAAGUUGUGAGCGAGCAGGUUACUAGCUACCUGACAAAGAAAUUUGCUGAACUGCACAGCCCCAACAAGUUCAAGGUGUACAUGGGCCACGGUGGGAAACCCUGGGUGUCGGACUUCAAUCACCCUCAUUACAUGGCUGGGAGAAGAGCCCUGAAAACAGUGUUUGGUGUCGAGCCGGACUUGACCAGGGAAGGUGGCAGUAUUCCUGUGACUUUGACCUUUCAGGAAGCCACAGGGAAGAAUGUUAUGCUGCUGCCUGUGGGCUCAGCCGAUGAUGGCGCCCACUCCCAGAACGAGAAACUCAACAGGCUUAACUACAUAGAAGGAACCAAGAUGCUGGCUGCGUACCUGUAUGAGGUGUCUCAGCUGGAGAAGUGAGACGGCCCGUCUUCCCCGGAGCACUGCCGGAGGAGUCCCGCCCUCUGCCCCCGCCCCGUGCUCUCUUCUGAUCGCUGAGGAGAGCAAAGCCCGUCUCUCUCCUUUCCCUCUUGUCGGUAACAGACUGGAUGACAGCUGAGUUCUCAGAAGUGGUCAGUGUGAGGGGCUCUGGAAAAUAGCCAAGAUCUGAAAGCACACGUUCUGUGGGAGGUUCUGGUUGGCAUCCAGUUGGGCUGAACAGAGGUCUGGGUGCUUUCUGUCCCAUCUCUGCUUCCUGACUCAGGCUCGUGCGCACUCAGGAUAUUAAUCGGGGGGCCACCCUUUCUGAUCCCUCACUGUUGUGCGGUUCUGUCCUUUCUCGAGACCUUAAACCGUGACUAGUGUUUCCUGUCUUCUCUUCAUUAUGAUUCCUCAAAACCUAAGCCUAAGUGGAAUGAUUCGUUGUUCUCAGUAUGUGCUGCUAAAUAAAAAGUAAAAAUGAA